UAAUGUAGAAGGAGUAUCGCUUUUAGAGAUCAUUUAAAAACGGUGGCUAUAUCAUCUCUCACCUCUCCGUCUUCUCUCUGCUCGUUCUCUCCUUCCUCUACGCUAUUCAAAUUCAGCAAUUUAUUUUGACAGUGUUUGACAGUACGAUUAGAUUAAAAUAAUUGAUCAAAUGGAUAACAACAAUGAGGCAACAUCACUUUCAUACAAUGACUCUAUUUCUGCUGCAACUGGGAUCAUGAAUUGUCAUAGUGAAAAUAUGUCUGCUGAAGAGAGUUUGUUGCUUCGACACUUGCAGAGGGGCAUUUCAGAGACAACAGAGGAGAAUAUUACAUUUACAAAAGAGAUUACCAAUUUAUUAUUCAAAUUACAUCUUGAAAUUAAGAUUUUACCCAAUGAUAUAAAAGAAGGCUUGGAGAAAUUGUCUUUGAUCUUAAAUGCAGAAAAGUUGUUUGAAUUUGAUGAAACAGUGCUACGUGUAAUUAGAGAACGUAAGAUUAUAGAAGAGAAAAGGCGACAACAAGAGGAGAAGCGGAUGUCAGUGAUACAUGACAAAUUACUUAGAAAUUGCAUGAAAUUACAGACAAAACUCAAUCAUCUACAAGAUGCAGUAGAUUCGCUCCAGAAUACUAUUGACACUACAGAGAAUGAGAAGCAUAAUUUAUAUUGUAACAAGAUUUUCUUAUCUACAAAAAUGAAAGAAUAUCAACAAGCUGUGGAGAAAUUAGAGACAGAUUUAAGUGAUAUGCAAGUUGAUGAACUGUAUCCCGAGAAAAUAUUAAAUAAAUAUAAAUUAUAUUUAGAAGGUACAAGCAAAUUGGCAGAUGUUAAUCAAUCACUCGCUCAAUAUGGUGAUUUGCCACCUAAUUUAUUGCAGGCUAAAUUAUUACUAGAAAAUAAAAGGAAAGAGUAUGAAAAUUUGGAUCGACUGUUUUUAGAAAAAACUCAGUGAUUUUGGUUUUUAAUCUUAAACUUAUUUGUACA